CCCCUCUUCCCUGCCUCAGUUGGACCCGCAGACCCCCGGCCGCCCCCCCCCCGACCCCCUCGGUGGGGCCGUCCCGCCUGGCCGCGGGGUCGCUGCUGGAGCUGCUGCGGAAGGUGCUGAGCGGGGACCUGCGCAACGGGCUGGCGCUGCUGCGCCCCCCCGGACGCCACGCGGAGCCGGACUCAACCUAUAGCGGCUGCGUCUUCAACGCCAUCGCCGUCGCGGCCCGGGCGGCUCAGCGGCACCUCGGGGUGCAGCGCAUCCUCAUCGUCGAUUGGGGCGUCCGGCCCGGCUGCGCCAUCCCCCGCCUCUUCCAGGAGGAUCCCAGCGUCCUGUGUUUCGGGGUGCACCGGGGCAGCGACCCCCCCGCCGUCGUCGGCACCGGCCGGGGCGAAGGCUUCACCGUCGACGUGCGCUGGGACGAGCCCGGCGUGACGGACGGCGACUACGCCGCUGCCUUCUUCCACCUCCUCCUGCCCGUCGCCUUCCAGUUCCAGCCCCAGCUCGUCCUGGUGGCCGCUGGCUUCGCCGCCGCCCGCGGGGACGCGGAGGGAUGUAUAGGGGUCUCCCCCGACGGCUUCGCCCUCAUGACCCAUCUGCUGUCGGCGCUGGCGGGGGGACGCCUGCUCCUCGCCCUCGAGGGGGAAGCGGAGCCGGGGGGGCUCGUCGCCAUCCUGCGCACGCUGCUGGGGGACCCCGGGGACCCCCCCGGGCCCAUCACCCCCACCCCAAGCGGCCUGGCCAGCGUAGCCCGCGCCCUGGCCGUCCACCGCAAGUACUGGAGCUGCCUGCGCUGCGCCGAGCCGGAGGUAGAGGAGGAAAAAGAGGAGGAAGAGGAGGAUGAGGAGGAUUUGGAGGAGCUGGAGGAAGAUGAGGACCCCCCAGAGGAGGAGGAAGAGGAGGAGGAAGAGCAGGAGGAGCUCCAGUCCUGGCCCCGUCCCGCUGCCCGCACGGGGCUGUUGUACGAUGAACGGAUGGAAGAGCACUGCAACCCCUGGGACAGCCAGCACCCCGAGGCGCCGCAGCGGGUGACGCGGAUCGUGGAGCGGCUGCGGGAGCUGGGGUUGGCGCAACGCUGCCUGCGCCUGCCUGCACGACACGCCCUGCCUGCACAGCUGCGCGCCUGCCACACACGGUCCCACGUGGCGGCGCUGGCGGGGACGGAGGGGCUGCGGCCCCGGGAGCUGCGGGGGGCGGCCGAACGCUACAACUCCGUCUUCCUCUGCCCCCGCUCCUACGCCUGCGCCCGCCUGGCCGCCGGCACCGCCUGCGCCGCCGUCACCGCCGUCCUCGCCGGGCAGGUGCAGAACGCCUUGGCGGUGGUGCGACCCCCCGGCCAUCACGCCCGGCCCGGCGCCGCCGGCGGUUUCUGCCUCUUCAACAACGUGGCGGUGGCGGCGCGACACGGGCAGCGCCUGGCGGGGGGGACCCUCAGGGUGCUGAUCGUGGACUGGGAUGUGCACCACGGCAACGGCACCCAGAAGAUCUUCGAGGAGGACCCCAGCGUGCUGUACGUGUCCCUGCACCGCCACGACGGCUCCUUCUUCCCGGGGGGCGCCGGGGGUUCCCCACGCCGGCGGGGGCGGGGCCGCGGCACCGGCUUCACCCUUAACGUGGGGUGGGGGGCGCCCCGCGCCGGGGACCCCGAUUACCUGGCGGCCGUCACCCGCCUCGUCCUGCCCGUCGCCUGCCAGUUCGCCCCCCAGUUGGUGCUGGUGUCGGCGGGGUUCGACGCGGGGCGGGGGGACCCCCUCGGGGGGUGCCUGGUGUCCCCCCAAACCUUCGGCCUCAUGACGCACCUCCUGGGGGGGCUGGCGGGGGGGCGCCUCGUCCUCAUCCUUGAGGGCGGGUACAACCUCGGGGUGACGGCGGAGGGGGCGGGGCAGUGCCUGGCGGUGCUUUUGGGGGCGCCCCCGGCGCUGCCCCCUCCCGGCCCCCCGCAACCGGCGGCCUUGGCCGCCCUGGCCCGCACCCUUCGAGCCCAGCGGAGCAGCUGGAGCUGCCUGCGCCUGCCCGCGCCCGGGGACAGCGAUGACGGCGGCGGCGCUGGUGACAUCGUGGGGCGCCCCGCCUCGCCCCUGGACGCCAUCAUGCGCCUGGGGGAGCUCAGCCUGGGGGAGCCCCCCGGGGGCGGGGCCGGUACUGGCCCCGCCCAUGGGGCGGAGCCUCCCGCUGACCCCGCCCCUUUGGAAGGCGCGGCGGCGUGCGCCCUUUGCGAGGAGGAGCCUGAGGGGGCGCUCUUCGCCGUCACCCCUCUGCGGGACUGCCCGCACUUGGGGGCGGUGUCUCCUCUGCCCGAGGGGCGUGGCCUGGAAGGGAACGCCCCCUGCGGGGCCUGCGGCAGCCGGCGCGAGAACUGGCUCUGCCUCAGUUGCUACCAGGUGCUGUGCGGGCGCUACGUGGGGGGCCACAUGCUGGCGCACGAGGGGGCGGUGGGGCACCCCUUGGUGCUGAGCCUGAGGGAUCUGUCGGCCUGGUGCUACCCCUGCGGGGGGUACGUCCAUCACCCCGUCCUGCUCCCUGCCAAGACCCUUCUGCACCGCCUCAAGUUCGGCACCGACCCCCCCACCCCCUCCCUCUGACCCCCCCUGCCCCCCCACACCCACUCUUAAAGGGCUACACACGUGCCGACACCCCCCUGCACCCCCAAACCCCACCCUGGGCUCCAGGCUGGGCCAGACCCAGGGCUGGGGGGGGGACGGGGGGAGACACCACCCCAAAAAAAAAAACCAACCCACCCCCCCCCACCUCAUCACAAGGGGGGGAACAGGCACGGCCGGGAUGGGGGGGACCCCCCAUUUUUUAACACCCCCCCCCCCCGAGGCUUUUUAAUCCACCUCUUUGUACCAAUAAAAUGAACGGGGCC